AUGGUCCCACAAUUACCUCUCGAGCUUGAACUGCGCAUACUCGACGCCGCGCUGCUUCCCCUCGGUCCUUGUCGCCCCACGGCAACGCGACCUGUAGGAUGCCGUAUCCUCACCUGCGUCCACCGCCGAUGGACGCCAUGGGCUCAGCGCGAGCUCUUCAAGGUCGCGCGCAUCGAGUGCGAGUCGCCGUGGGAUGAUGACGCGGUCGACGGCUUCGUUGAGCGUCUCGAGAAGCAUAGCGGCCAGGCUAUCAGCCGUUUGUGGGUCGACAUCGAGGAAGAGACAACAGAGCCGAUGUGCCUGUUACCACGCCGAUUCAAGGAGGGCUGUCUCGAGGAAGUGUGGGUGUUGGCUUGGGAGAAGUGCGCGAAGGCUUUGUGGGAAGGCACGAGCAUCAAGAAGCUGCACAUCCGCGACAUAGCCGGCGGAUCAGACCUCCUCACGUCUCCCCUUCCGGCCACCCUCACUUAUCUCUCCCUGCACAAAGUCAUCCUCGAAGGCUUCGACGUUGACCUGCCGAGUUUACAAACGCUCCUCAUCUCGAAGGCAGAGAGCGCCCACCUCGUACCUUGGGUCGUUUUCGGCUACAAGACCUUCCGCGUUUUCGCCUGCGUCGGUCGCCCCGCGUACUUCCCCCAUCUCUGCCGCAAUCUCCCCAAAGGCCUUGAGCACUUCGCCUACUACCCAUACAUGACCGGCUACGAGCAUCGGUCGGACAUGAUCCACCGUGAAUCCAACUCCCUCACGCUACCGCCCAAACUCCGCUCGUUCACCUUCGUCCAUGGGCUCUAUGAGGAUGCGGACGAAAUGACGGAGCCUGCCAUGGGAAAGGAGUGUGAGAAGGUCGGCGCCCAAAUGCACGUCGUUUCGAACGAGGAUGCGGACGAGUGGGAUAUGGAGAUGUGGGCAUACUCGCUUGGAGCGUAA